AUGGCUGCUUCAUUCUGUGGGAAACGAUUGCUAUUAACCAGGACGAAUCUGUUUGCGAACCCUCGACGUCAUGGGUACAUUGUGCUUGUACCCGAGAUCGGUGAGGAUCUGCCAGAGAAAAAUCCCCUCUCGAGCCCGCAUGGUUUGCCGGAAUUUAAUAAUGUGACCAUUGAGAAGUGUGUUGGCGCGAUCGGCCAGCAGGCAAUUGCGGCGGAAAAGUGUGUAAGGGCAAUAGAGGAGCGGUUGGAGCAGGUUGUGGCCGGUCCCGGUGCAGCAGUGUCCGACGUUAUAAAGGACAUUAUUUUACCACUGGAAGCAACUGGCGCGCCGCUAGAAACGACAUGGGGCAUUGCUAAAACGCUAUAUCUUGGUAAUAGUUCCCGUAUGCCAACCAAAAGCUACCUAACGAUUCACGAACGGGCACGUGGUGCACGAAGGUCCAAGUUCAAUAGCGUUCCAAUCUAUCGCACACUGAAGAAUGCGCUCGAAGACACUCAAUCGAAGAAAGAGCUCUCUGGUGAGGAAUGCCGGCUGUUGCAGAAGUACGUGCUGGAAGCGAAACUGAGCGGAAUCGAGGUGGAUGGGUCGUCCAAGCUGGAGCUCAACGAAAUACUCGAACGGUUAUCUCAGGAGCGUACACGUUUUGCUAGCAAACGGGAUACGGCGGUGAAGAAAUAUCAGCAGUUGGUGGAGGAUCCGGCACUGAUGAAAGAGUUCCCGCCAACGCUGCUACAAUCACUCGCAACCGAUCCGAGCCAGGCAAUGAAAGGUCCUUGGCGGAUCACAUUGCAACCGGCUGUGGCGGAACGGUUCCUGGAGUAUUGUGGUGAUCGGACGCACCGGUGGAACCUAUGGCAGGCGGACACGCGGAAGUGCUCCAUACACACGGACAAGUCGCUGGAGAACAGUACGCAUCUCGAAUCGAUCCGUGCGUUGCGCAAACGGCAGGCCAAGCUGCUCGGUUACGAAUCGUACGUGCACAUGUCGAUGGAAACGAAAAUGGCCGGUUCGGUGGAGUCGGUAUGCAAUGCACUGGAUGAACUGCACCGGUAUGCGAAACCGGCCGCCGAUGGUGAGCUGGGAGUUCUGGAGCGAUUCGCCGCUGAGAAUGGAUUCCGGGGUCCGCUGGAUAUAUACGAUGUGCCAUACUGGAAGCGGCGCCAUCUUGCCACAGUACAUCAAUUUGAUCAAGAAGCGCUGAAAGAUUAUUUCCCGCUGCCGCGCGUACUGACCGGGUUGUUCGAACUGGCCGAGCAACUGUUCGGUGUGCACAUUGUUGAGCGGGUCGGUGUGGACGUGUGGCACGAGGAUGUGCGGUUUUACGAUGUGCUGGAAACGGGCCAAGCCGGAUCGUCUGAACCGAUCGGUGGGUUUUAUACCGAUUUUUACUCACGCGAAGAUGAGAAGCUCGCGGUGGCGGAUAAUGCCGGGUGGAUGGUUGGUAUUGGGAGUUGCAGUGCGGGCACUGCAUCCCGACCGCUUGCCGCCCUGAUCUGUAACUUCCCGGCACCGCUGUACGGUAAACCAUCGCUGCUAACGCUGGACGAUGUGCAAACACUGUUCAAUCGGUUCGGCAAAGCGUUACAGCAUCUGCUUACUACGUGUCAGUACAGCGAUGUGGCGGGGUUGUCGAACGUUGAGUGGGAUGCGGUGGAGGUGAGUGGACAUGUGUUGACACACCUGCUGCACGAUUCCGCCACCAUACGGGCGAUUUCGGGCCACUACACGAACGAGGAUCCGUUGCCGGAACCGUGCGUUGAAGCGAUCCAAAGGCGCCGUACACAUCUCGCUGGGUACCGGCUGUGCCGUGAGCUUUACCUCGCCAAUCUCGAUCUGCAGCUGCAUCUGACCAGCGACUACUGGUUGGAUGUGAUGCGUAAGCUCUAUCCACACUUUCAUCCGUUCCCGCUCGAUCGCAAGGAUGCGCACCCGUGCUCGCUGGUACCGAUUGCAUCGGGUGAUUGGGGUGCCGCCUACUAUGGCCAUCUCUGGUCGCGCAUGAUUGCGGCUGACGUGUACAGUGCGUUUGCGGAGACUAAGGAACUUUCCGCCCGGCAGGAAGUAGGCCGCCGAUUCCGUGACACGUUCCUGGCGCUUGGUGGCGGUUGCCAUCCGAGCGAGGUGUUCCGCCGGUUCCGUGGCAGGGAUCCGUCCCCGACGGCACUGCUCCAGACGCUCGGCAUUUAUAAGCCGCAGGUAGUAGCGGGUGGUACAGGUGGAAGCGGUGGGGCUUCCACCAGCCAUCAGAAACUAACAGGCAAGGAUGAGCAGUAA